AUGUCCGGCUUCCUCAACUCCAUCGGCCGCCUGCGUGCGCCCAAGCGCUCCCCCAUCCCCACACAGCUGGGACAGACUGGCGCGUACGAUGCCCCCCUCGUCUCGCCCGGCGCCGAGCUCGCUCAGUCUCCCGGUAGCCCAGGACCCAAGCCGCUCUUCCUCUGCCAGCCGUUCGUCAAGGCAGCUCUCGUGAAGGGCAGCUUCAAGACCAUCGUCGCGCCUCCAAAGUACGUCGACGUCAACGAGUGGGUCGCUAUCAACCUGUUCGACUUUUACCACAACUUGAACCACUUUUACUCUGCCCUCACCGAGUUCUGUACUAUUCAGCAUUGCCCGACCAUGUCGGCAGGGCCUUCGCUCAACUUUCUUUGGCCAGACCAGAACCAGCGUCUUGUAUCGCUGCCGGCACCUACGUACAUCGACUUUGUCAUGAGCUGGCUCCAGAAGUUGCUCGAGGAUGAGAAUGUCUUCCCCACAAAGUCGGGUCGCGACUUCCCUACCUCAUUCGCAUACACUGCGAAACACAUUUACAAGCACCUUUUCCGCGUGUUUGCGCACCUCUACCACGCCCACUUUGAGCAGGUGGUCCACCUCUCGGUCGAGGCACACUUCAACUCGCUGUUCGCCCACUUCCUGGCGUUCGGCAAGGAGUUUGACCUCCUGGUUAUGAAGGACCUCAUGACCCCACAGGGUAUGGGUCAGGGCGUUGCCGAGCUCGCUGAGAGGUGGAGGGAGAUGGGUAUUCUGGAGGUGUAA